CUUAGGCUUUACUAUUUCUACGGCCAUUUUGGUAAACCGGCAACCGAUUAUAAAUUUUUAGAAACUUUCGGAGAUCUUGGAUUUCCUAGCAGCAAUUCAAGAAUACUGUGGGAAAGAAUGGACAUUUUAGACAACAUACAUUGACUUUUAAGGUAAGACUUCCGCGGUAACGUGAUUUUUCGGAGGCGCGAAACCAUGCAUAGACUUGCACGUUUUCGAAGGUAUCUCUUUGCAAGGAUCUAAAAAUUUGUGGAGAUAAAUGCUUUCACGUUAAGUCAUUAGAUUUCUAGUUUAGUACUUAAUCCUGACACGGUGAAGCUCGCUCCGUCGAUAACGAACUCUGAUAAGCGUUUCCCGCAAUGAGAACACGAUCAAAUUGCUAAAUGUAAGUAGUUUUCAUCUUUGUAUACAACCAGAUGACUGCGAAUUCCCAGAAUUGCAACUUAUAGUUGUAUGACUUUUGCUACCGAUAAGUCAUUCUUCUACAAGCAAUUUAAUCAUCUGAGAAUUAUAUGCACAAUAACAUCGUAUUUUUUUAGGUAGCACACCUGGACUUGAACACUUUAUUUUGUCGAUAAAUUGUGACAUUCCUUAUUGAGGAAAUAGUUGAUUUCAAUUUUGGCUAUCGUUCGGAGUGUUUGUCCAGCGUCGAUUGUAAAGUGUCAUUUCAUUAAUUUCAUGUGAGUACAUUUCUAGCAUUGCAUUUUGUUUCCUAUAUCCGUAUGCGUCGAACAGAGAGAGUGUCAAUUGUCUAAGUACCACUAAACAGAAUGUUUUGCGCGAGAUCGAAACCUUCCUAGCGGAAGUGAUAAUGCUAGUCGAGCAAUAUUUGAUUCGAAAAUAUGCCCAUCACAAUUUUUCUAUUAAGUUUCAUCGUGAUAUUUCAUCAGAUUUCAAUUCUCAAUGGCAAAAGUCAAUUCUUUACGUCGUUGAUGUCCGGAAAUCUUGUUAAACAAAGAGGAUUUGAUUCAUGAUGAAGAAUUCUUUCUACAUGUAUGCAAGUAUCAGUCUCGAAAUAUCUUUAUGUCGCCUAAGUUACGUGUUAGAGUGCGUAUGAUAUGGAGACAAAGCUGAUAACUUGUCAUUUAAAUGCGUUUGCAAGAGCUUAAAAAACAGGCUGUUGCGUGUUUCUUUCCUCAGGAUCCAAGAAGUAUAAUUUUUUUUUCGUAUCUACUAACCCUUCGUGCUUCAACUUUUAAUUGGUAUCGAGCCAAAAAUAGUGAAAUAUUAACGAGAAUGUCAACUUUUAGUUGUAUUUUUCCUUUUAAGCAAACAAUGUUUGCAAAAAAAUAAUUACCCACAUUUAUUAACCAGCAGAUUUAGCUUGCAGAAGGGAGGUAUCUUGAAAUAUUUUUUCCAAGCAGUGGUUUUUUUUAAUAGAGUUAAUUACCAAUUACGAAUAAUGAGGUAAUGUAAAUUGCAUUUAGCAUAUCUGAUCAGCUAACAAUUUAUUAGAUACCUGUAAGAUUAAGAUACUAGACUUGGUUCAAGGUUACAUAACAGAAUAGAAAUUAUAUGCAGUGGUGGUAAUGAACACAGUUAUGUUUGAAAAGGGAAAUGGACUGGGUGUUUCCUGGUUAUUGUUGUUAACUCAGAAAUAAUUAAAAUUUAUCUUCUCCCUAUAACAUUUAUACAUUAUCAAGUAAACAGGUAAUUAGAAUACUCAAACUUACAGAGGCAGAAGUUGUUAUCUUGAUCUAUCACCAAAUUCUCGUAACUAAUUUACAAGGGAAUGAGUAGAAGCUAGAAAGGAGAAUUAAAAUCAGAUCUUGGGUGUUAAAGGGUUAACAAAAUACUGACUUUGAAUGAGCUUAUAGAGGAAGUUUCAUCAAAUGGCUAUGUACUUGGACUUAGAUGUGAGAAGCUUGCUUGCUUGCUUGCUUGUUAGUCAAAAAGCUUUCUUAUAAUGAAUGGUGUCUUAUAUGUUACGCCAUUAUAUUAAUUUUCUCAGAUUCAGAGUGGUAGAUAAUUAGGAUGCCUGAUUUUUAGACCUUAUAUAACUCUUAACAUCCAAGGACUUAUUAAUGAGUAAAUUCUCCUCACAAUUACAGUACAUUAUCCAGCUAACAGGUGACAAGAAUAGACCAACUGAUCAGGUGGAGGUUUUAUCCUGAUAUAUCAUCAAAUUAUCAUUACUAAUUUACAAGGAAAUGAAUAGUGGUUUGUAGAGAGAAUCGCUCAUCAGAUCAUGGGAGUUAAGAAGUUGUAGCAGAGGACUUAGGUCAACAUGACAGUGUUUUUUUCAGAUGACACUUGUUUGUUAUUUCCUUCUUCAAAUUACCUUGUUUGCAUAUUGAUCUGAGAUGGAUAAUGGCUGCACAGUUUGAAUGAAAGAAACUAAUGCCUUAUUUAUUCUUUUCUCUUACAGAUACUAAAGAACUUUGUAACAGGGGGAGUAAAGUGAAUCAAGGGAAAAAUGCCUCCUCCCCCUCCUCCCCCUCCAGGACCACCACCUCCCCCUGCACCCAGAGCUUCUGGUCCACCUCCAAAAUCCUCUGGAAAGCCUCAGAAUAGGGGGGCCCUGCUAAGCCAGAUCCAUCAUGGCGCCAAGCUGAAGAAGACAGUCACAAAUGAUCGUAGUGCUCCUACUGUAUCAAGUAAGUUACCAAAAACAAAUCCAAGGAAUUUCUAAUGCGAGUUCUUGAAAAAAAAUUAGAGCAUGUAAGAGUUUGUAAGAAAUACUUCUUACUAAUUGAUUUUGGGGUCCAUAAAUCCACUUUGUUUGAUUUUUUAACAAAAUGUCUACACAUAUUAUAUGUUAAACCAUUGGAUAAGGUAUUUAUUAUUCCUUGCCAGUGUUACUUCAUUUUCAAACAUUUUGGCUUCCAGUUUUUUAAAUAUAUCCUAUCAAAGGAUAGUAUUGAUCAAAUGUGGCCAAUGAAGUGCUUUUGAUGACUACCAAAAAAAUUUCAUGCACUUAAAAGUUUUUUUGCUUUCAAAUUCAAGCCUAAAAAUGGGGAAAAAACAAAGUUGGGAUCAUACAGUUCACCAUUUUGUUCCUUUAUUUUUCUGUUCGUAAAUUUGAUCCUGUUUUGCAAUUUAUUUCUGUGGCAUAUUUUGCACAUUCUGUUGCCCUAUUAUGGUAAAAUGGCAUAUUAUUGGAAUAAUGAUGUGAGCCAUGAAGUGCUUAGGUCAUACAUCAAAGAGGGAAAAGCAAAGAUCCAUAACUUAUUGUAUGGAUUGUGAAUACAUUUUUAAUAAGGUAUUUAUCGUGCCUCUACUGUGUGUCCAACAGUUUUCAGAAAUGUUUUGAUUUUAAACUGUACAGAAGAGCAAGAAAGCAAAACUUUUUAAAUCAAACAAAGUCAGAAACAAAAAAAAAUUAGCUUUCAUUUAUCAACCAAAGGCAAAAACAACUAUAAUUUGGUUGAUCAGUAACUGAGAGAUUUAUUUUUAGGAUUUAACAAAACAUUUACAGUUUAAAAUGGGUACAAAUAAUGGUGGCUAUUAUGAAAAAUAUUGUCAGUGAUACAUUACAACCCAGCUUACUUGAACUCAGUUAACUUUAACCCCUUGGUAACUUGUAGAAGAUCCCAUUUCCCUUCACCCCAUUUUUUCAGUCAUUAACUAUCAGCUAGCUUGAACCCCCCCAAACUCAAACCAUUUUUUGUCUCCCUUGGGAUUUCUAGGUAGUGGGGUAAUGUACCACUGUAUUCAGGGUUCUCAAUAGAUUUUUAAGUAGGAGGUGAUCACUGGUAAAGUAGGAGACCUCAUUACCAUGUUUCACUAUGAACACAUAGACUCAAGUAAAAUGGCAUUCAUCGAUCGAGUCCAGAACUGUACAAAAUUUCCCAGUUUUGUUUGGAUCACAGUCAUGCAAGAAAUGGAAGAGAAAUUCAGAAACAACUCAAGCAAACUUGCAGAACAAAACAAAGAAAAGAAAAGCGACUUAAACACAAAGUAAGCGGCUAUAAAUCCCAAAGUAAGCGGCGAUCAAUCGCCGGGUGCCACCUUCUAUUGAGAACCCUGUGUAUUUCCUUUAACCCUUUAACUCCCAAGAUCUCAUUAGUAAUUCUCCUUACUGUCUGCCAAACAAUUCUCAUUAUGUUAGUUUGGAGAAAUUGGUAUCGAAUCAAUUAGUAAUCCCAUAAUUGAUAUUUUUCUUAAUUCUCAUCACUUGUCUACAUGAUAUUGUAUAGAUAUAGUAAGGAGAAAUUGUGUCCUGGUCACUCUUGGUAGUGAAAGUGUUUAACUCUUAGAAGUAAUUAACAUGUUACUUCUUCCCUUAAUAUCUAAACGUUAUCUUUUAAAACAGGAAAUGAAAUUAAUCAAACUUUAAGCUAGAAGUCAUUAUCUUGAUCUAGCUCAAAAUUCCAAUAAUAAGUUACCAAGGAAUUGUGUAACAGCUAGAGGGGAGAAUUAACAAUCAGAUCUUUGGAAUUUAAAGGUCUAAAAGGAUCUAAAAUUGUCCCAAUCAUUAGCAACUGCAGUUUAUUUUAUCCAAACCUGUGGAAGCACUGUGUGAAAAAAACAUGGCACACUGACUUUUCCUUCAUGAACUUUCCUUCAUGAACUUUCCUUCAAGAUAAACCAAAUCCAAGUAGUAGUGGUGGAGGUAUUGGAGGCAGUAGCAGUAGCGGCGGUGGCAGCGGCGGCGGAGGUGGCAUGGGUGCAUCCCCUAUGGGAUUAGGUGGUCUCUUUGCUGGAGGAAUGCCAAAACUGAGACCAGCUGCAGAGAGGGGCAAACCUGGAACAGGAGGUAUGAUUGUAUUGUAUAUUCUUUGUGAUCAAAAGUUUUGGCUGGCUUUUGGCUCUUAUUGACAGCUUUGGACAUUACUUAGUGUUAUUCAACUUGAUAAAGCCAGAUGUAUUUUUAGGCAUGUAAGUGUACUCUAUAGGAAACUUACCUUCUUAAUUUCCACUCAUUCAAUUUAAGAAGUAGAUUCUACGUUGUGGUACAUCUGAUCUAUAGUAAUAGGUCACAGAUGAAGUGGAAAUUAAUGUUGCUAAUUUGAGUUCAAAUGUCCUCAACACACUGCAAUCAUCUUUCUUCUUAGAACUGUUAGAGCAAACAUUGCACUCCAACAUGACACUAGUCAAUGACCAAGGGGUCCAACAAGUAAUUCCGCUUUAUUGUUCUGUUUUUAUGCUUUGCUGUCAUUUUAAUUUGUCGCUGUUGACCCCAAUUCUGUAGAACUGCCACUCCUGGUGGGUGAACAUUUUUUACAGGUUUAACUGUAUCCACAGUAGCAAACAGAUUAUUGUGUUCAUCAGAGGGAUAUAUGAAACAUUUAUUCACCUCAGUGUCAGUGAUAACAGGGUAUAUUCACCUCCACUCUGGUGAAGGAUGAUUAAAUGUUAUUUCAAUAAAUAUAUUUUUUGUUUUCUGCAGGAGCCAAAGGGCCAGCUAUGCGACCACCUGGCUUCAAACCACCAACCCCAAAUAAUUCCAGCUCAUCCAGUGGUGGCUCAAGACCUCUCCCCAAUCUACCUCCAGGUCCACCCAGUAAGCCUCCUGGGUAUACUCCACCACCCCCACUUCCAUCCAACAGGCCACCAGGAUCUGAAAACUCCAGGCCAUUGCCACCACCCCCAUCAGGGUCAAGUUCAAGACCAUUACCCACUCCUCCUCCGACAGGUCCACCAAGACAACCUCCUGGAAUGAGACAGGGUCCUCCACCCCCUCCACCAGGAAGAGGAGGUGCGCCACCUCCAGGAAGAGGGAGUGCACCACCUCCACCCCCACCAUCAUCAUCAGCUCCAAAAACAAGUGCUCCCCCUCCACCAACUCCCACAAGGAGUAAUCCAAGUAUGGCUGCUCCCCAACCUCCACCCCCACGAGGAGGUCCUCCCCCACCACCUCCAUCAAGAGGAGGGCCACCACCCCCUCCUCCAAGUAGAGGACCUCCUCCGCCCUCCUCAAGACCACCAUCCCAAGCUCCUCCUCCGCCUCCCAGUAAAGUUCCAUCAAAGCCAAGUUUUGGUCCUCCUGUACCUCGAGGAUCAGCUCCUUUGCCACCACCACCUCCUUCAGGUGGGCAAGGGCCCCCACCUCCCCCUCCAGCCAGGAUUCCACCAGAAAAUAGGAGAUCAGGGCCUCCGCCACCACCGCCCUCUUCGCACAGUAGGUCGAGUAAUGUGAUGAUGAAUGGACCAACAAGAAGCUCUCUUCCCCCUCCUCCCCCAGAGCUACUGUCAGACCCGGAAGGUAAUUAAAUAACUUAAUAUUUGAUAAUUUGUACUUAUUGACUGAGUGAUAGGGUUGGAUGAUACAGGACAUCAAGGUCUGUGCUUCUUCACCAAGAGCUAUAAUUUUUAUUGUAUUAAGCAUGCUCCUUCUGUUUCUUCUUUUCUUCUUUCAUCCAGUGUCUUGUGAGGCUGAACAGCCUUUUCCAGGCCUGCUCAGUCCAUUGCCCACAGGCUCAUGUGGGAAUCUUCUCUAUAAUGCUUGUCUUGGGAGGUGUGGGCAAGGCUGUAUCAGUCUUUUGUUAAUUUAAUUUCAUGUCAUUGAUUUGAAAUGAAGUGAGUUUUUUAUCCAUGGUUCCACAGCUUAGACUGAUCAAUAGAUGCUCCAACAUUCAUUUGCUUUGGUUCUUUUCCAGAUGAUUUUGAAUCAAGAUUUUCAUUUAGUAAAGAUCUUCCCUCACCUGAGCCUUAUGUAGAUACAACAAGAUCAUAUCCAAGCAAAAAUCCAAAGAAAGGUGGUAUGUAGUGAUGCAAAUCCUGUUAAAACUGGCAAAUGUGCUCUUGUUUACAAUGGCUUCAUUCUAAACCAUCAAACAGAAUGAUUAAGAUAUUUCAUAAGGUCAUAAGGGCUGAACUUAAGGGCUACAGAUUUACAUGCAAGAUUUCUUACUAUUUCACUUGUGGUAGGAGUGCACCAUGCAGGUUAAAAGCCUCCUUUCUCAACACUGAUAGGGGCAAGGGUGUUGUGUUACAAUAGUUACCAUAGAUGUGUAAAAAAAAUCAAAAAAUGUAUAAAAUGGGGCAUCUUUUCUUGACCACAACAAGGAUAAGAUAAGACAGAAAAGUCAAAACUGGAAAAGGAAAAAUUUAAAUUGGCAAAUGAUGAAAAAACUGAGAUCAAAUUUACUGUCAAUACUGAAUAAUUAAAUUUGACAAAAAAUUGUUCAUUGAACAAUCUGGCAUUGACAAAUUUGAAAAGUAUUCAUUUGAAACUUUACUGAAUUUUUAUUAUUAUUUUCAGGUGGUUCAAAGUCUUCUGGAAACCCAAGUGCAGUUAAAGCCAAUCCACCCCCUCCUCCCCCAUCAAGAGGAGCACCACCACCCCCACCCCCUCCUCCCAGGAGAUGAGUCUCUUACCUAAGUUUCUUAACAAAUCUAGGAAGACAGAAUUUUUUACAAUUAAAAGAAUUAUUGAAGCAACUUCAACCUUAAAAAACAUUGAUCCAGAGGUGUGGACUUUGUUAGGUGACAUUUGUAUGCAGAAUACAGAAAAUUUUUUAGAGCGCAUUUCUUCAACCUCCAUGUUUACUGAGAAUGAAGAUAGUAAAUUUGUUGGUGUUGCAACAAGAACUGAUAAAUGCUCACAU